AUGUCGGAGGACCAGCGGGGGGGCGGCGGUCUGGAGGGGGGGGGGGGGGGGGGGGGCGACACGGAGCCCAGCAUGCUGCUGCAGAAACUCAAGAGCAACAUCUCUAAAAGUGUUCAGACCAAAGUGGACCAGAUCCUGCAAGAUGUUCAGCGUUUCUCCGACAACGACAAGCUGUACCUUUACCUCCAGCUGCCCUCAGGACCCUCCGGAGACAAGAGUGGUGGUGACUCCUCCUCCUUCAACACAGCUGACCAGCUUCACACCUGUAACUGGAUCCGUAGUCACCUGGAGGAGCAUUCUGACACCUGUCUGCCCAAACAGGAUGUCUAUGAGACGUACAGGAGAUACUGUGAGAACCUGCAGCAUCGUCCUCUGAGCGCCGCCAACUUUGGGAAGAUCAUCAGAGACAUUUUCCCAAACAUCAAAGCCCGACGGCUCGGAGGCAGAGGACAGUCCAAGUACUGUUACAGCGGCAUCAGGAGGAAGACGGUUCUCAACAUGCCUCUACUGCCCAACCUGGACCUGAAGAACGACCCGGCCGAGCUGACCGAGUUGGUCCAGACGUACAAACAGGAAGUGAUGGAGGCGGCCUGCGAGCUGAUCUGCGACUGGGCCCAGAAGAUCCUGAAGCGUUCGUUCGACACGGUGGUGGAGAUCGCUCGGUACCUGAUCCAGGAGCACAUCGUCAACCCACGCUGCAGCCAGGCCGAGCUGGUGACCUCCGCCGCACUGGCAGGAGGUCCAGCCAAACCCCACAAGGUCAUCAAGAAAACCUCCGUCAUCUCUAAAGCCGAGAGCGACGGCGCCGCCGAUCACAAGAAGGAGCUCGGAGACUCUUCGUCUUCCCUGAAGUCGUCGUCUGGAGACAAAUCAGCUGCAGCCGCCAAGCCUUCCUCCCUGGACGCUCCUCCUCCUUCCUCCUCCUCCUCUUCCUCGCUGCGUCCAGCGGUGGAGGCCUUCAUGAAGCAGUUACCCAGAAUCCUCCCCCGUAGUUCCCUCCCUGAUAAGACCCAGCUGUCCGUCCGCUCCUCUCCUCCCUCUCUGGCUCCCAAAGACUCCUCUGGGGUCGGGGGGGCCUCGGGACCCGGAGGCUCCGCCGCCGCCGGCGGUGCCGGGGUGAAGGUCAUCGCCAUGGCAACGCUGCCCCAGCAGCAGGGCGGGCCCGUCCCGGUGAUGAUCCUUCCUCAGGGCUGUCUGUCAUACGAGCGGGAGAAACUGGCCCCGCCUCCUCUUCCUCCUCCUGCGGCCCCGACCGCCGUACUGCAAAAACCACGAGGGAACGGAAACAAGCGCCCCCUGGAGACCGUGGCAUCGGGCAGCGGCGGCGCGGCCUCGUCCGCCGCACCGCCGGUGAAACGUAAACGCGGACGACCGAGAAACCCUCGGCCGGAGGACGCCCCGCCUCCUCCUCCCCCCGCCGCUCUCUCACCAAAACCUCCCCCCCACCCGCCCAUCAUCACCUCCGUCACCGGCGGCGUCAUCCAGAAAGCUUCUUCCUCUUCCUCCUCUUCCUCCUCGCAGCUGCCGGUGCUAGAGCUGGUGAUCCAGGACCAGCCGGGGGGGCUGGUUCUGAGCCCGGUGUCGGACCCGGGUCGCCGGCUGAUGGAGCACCGCGGCGUGGUGGUGCAGUGUCAGACGGCGGCGGUGGAACCGGACCACCGCGGCCGGCCGCUGCUCCUCUUCCAGAGUCCGGGGACGGGCAACACCGGCUGGGAGUUGGGACGCACCCCGAUGGUGGAGGUCAUCCAGAAAGCUCCAAGGCCGCUCAGCAGCAACAACAACAACAACUCCGCUGCACCACCCGCCGCACACCUCCGCCCACUUCCUCCUCCUCUUCCUCUCCCCACGCUGCACGAGGAGCGGGGGGAGGUGGAGAUCACGUUAACGCCGGUGGAGCUGCACCUCAACCCUUCCUCCUCCUCCGCUGCUCCUGCCUCCUCUUCCUCCAUCUGCUCCAUCACGGUGGUGAAGGAGGAGGAGGAGGCAGAGAGCAGCACCUCCUCAAAGACACACUAGCUCUCUUCUUCUUCCUCCUCCUCCUCUUCUUUUUUUAUUUUGUUUUUUUAUCACCUGGGAGAUAAGCCCCGCCCCCUUUACCUCUCCUCUUCAUUAUUGGUGGAAAUCCCAGAUUGGCGGCAGCAGAGAGCCAAUCGAGGAGGAUACAUGAAGCCAGUUCCUUCCAUCGGCUCUCAAUGCACUUUGUAAACAGACCAGCGACUCUUUAAUUAACUGCAUGUCUGAAACCAGAAGAGCGACUCCUCAGGUGGUCGGGCCUCAAAUCUUCCUCCCUUCCCUCCUCGCCUCCUCGCCUCCUUCAUCUCCAGACUUCUCAUUUUUCCGUGCUGAGGGGGUUUUUUGGUCGCUCUCGCUGCUUCAGAUCAGUCGAUUUAUAGGAGAAGAAGAAGAAGAAAUAAACAGAUAAAAGAAAAGAGUGACACAAAGGGAAGGAGACAAGGAGACAGGAUAGAAUCAGAAGGUACUACGGGUCAGAGCCUUGUGAAGGUUCUUUGUGCUAAAUAUGAUAAAAUUACUUCUUUAACGGAGCUCCGCCUUGAUUCACCUUCACUUCAACAUGAUUUUAGGAUUCUGUGCUGCAGAUUUACAACUGUGGUAAAAAGUCAACAAAGAGUCUUUAAAGUGGACUGAAUGUGAAUCGAAGCUCCGCCCUCUUUAAAGAGUUCCUGUUCUAAACAGUUUGUUGCGUUUGUGUUGCUUUAAUAGAUAUUUCUGUGUGUGUGUGUGUGUGUGUGUGUGUCAUUAGCUACAUGAACUCAUGAAUUCAUCCCCGUUACUAAUCAAAAACCACCUUUAAUGUGGGGUCCAAGUCUGUGGUGGAAGGCGGCCAUGUUUGUAGUUCAAAGGCCUGUUUUUGUCGUCGUCUUCAGUAAUUUUAUUAUAUUUAUAUUCUAGUUUAAACAAUUAGGUUUCCCCUCUUCCAGAUCUAGAGAGUUUAUUCUGAGGAACUGUAACAGAAGAUAAAAGACGACGAACAGUUUCAGAACGUUCGAGUCCGUAAGUUCAACAUCAGAGCUUUAAUGUAGCAAAGAAGCUCGAUAAAACAUGUUGUGAUUUAAUUUAUCCACUUAUAUAUAUAUAUAUUGUGAUGUAAAAUAAACCAAACAGGCACGUUUGUUCUAAAAUGUUUAAGUAAAAUAGAAACGUGCUUGGUUGCAGUUAGCACUUCCGUGGCCACAGAAACGUCUCAAACUUCAGUGAAGAAACGAUGAUUUGUGUCGUCCAAUCAGAAGCCUCCGAGGGCUGAAAGAGAAAGCACAAAGUCACGUCCUCGUAGCGCUAAAGAUGCGACGUAUUAACGAUGGACGUGUGCAGGAAAACUAGCUUCUGUAGCGCUGUGAGUCGCCCAGGAUUAGCCUGCUAGCUUAGCUUAGCUUUAUGUUGCCAUGCGCCCUUUGCACUAACUCCUCAACCACCAGUGAGGUGACGUUACCGCGUCUGGAAUGUGGACGUGUCGCAGUAACAGUUCAGACAUCACAGAGUUUCAUGAACACCGAUGAAUAAUUGAAUGUGUUCAUAACGUCUUCCAAAGAAACAUUCAGCAGGAAAGGAAACUUUAUUGGGACAAAUUUAAGUUCUUGAUACAAUAAAAACAGAGAAAACGUUUAGUAUCGAACGAGAAGCAGAACCGGUAAACGUUGAGUUCAGACUGUUUACAUUUGAAGACUUUAGGAACACUUCGAUCCGUUUAUACUGAUGUUUUAUAAACAAAAUAAUCAACAAGUUCAUCAAUAAGAACAUCAAUAAUCAUUAGUGUCACAUUGAAGAUAAAACAACAACUUUAAAAGACUAUGCUUUUUUAAGAAUAUAUAAAAACAUAAACCAGUACUCCGUGUAUAUUUACCUCUAUUACAUCAAUACGAUACACAAAAAGAAAACACUUUAAGAAAUACUACUAUAUUAUUUUUUUAAUUAAUCAAUUAAUUGUAAGAAAAACGUAUUUUAUUUUAGUCCUUAAACACGCGAUGUUUUCACAAACAAAUCAUUUUAGUCGUUAUUAAAGAAAAGCAGAACAACAACAAAAGGGCUUGAACUUAAAUUCGGGAUGAUUUGCUCCUCCUUUCUUCUUCUUCGUUGGUGGAGGAGUUUAAACCCGCCGUCGUCAUGGUAACGUCACCUUUCUGACAUUUGUUCUUCACCUCUUUGCCAAACUGCCUCAUCUUCUUCGUUGGUGCUACAAAAUCACAGGGCUCGCUGUCUGCCCUCGUGAUCACAGAUUUGUACAAAAAUCAAGGUGUGAGUGUGUGUGUGUGUGAGAGUGUGUGUGCAGGUUGUUUAAAGGGACGCCGAAAAAAGAUUUUUGACUGUUAAAAACUGUUGCAUGAUGGGAAAGUGAGUUCGAGCUCUUGACCUUUUUGCCGUGAGGCGAGUGCAGCCUAGCUUACAGCACGACCCGCGGUUUAUAGUUAAAAGGAGCGCUAAUGAUGCUAACGCUACGUUUUUUAAUCGCUAAAGUCAAGUGCCAAAAUGUGGAAAAACAUCUUGACUGAAAACGUCUCGGCCGCAGAGCCUCCGCCCUUCAGACAGAACUGGAACAAAGAGUUGCACUGUUAGAAUUUAAAAAACAAGAGAAAGGACUUGUGUGUUAUGAAUUCAUUGCUGUAUUUCUGUAACUCUGCUUCAUGCUUGCACUCAGAUUUAUAUUUAUCAGGUCAGAAUAAUAAUUAAAGAGGGAAAUGCUCUCUCGUUUAAAGUGGCAGUAACUGGAGGGAUUUAGAGAGAUUUAACUAAACGAGAUGGUUGAAGCAACAUUUCACUUGAUGGGCGACAGGAAACACUUAAAGGGUUCACAAUGCCUCAAAUUCACUUGUUCACACGACACGUCAACGUGUGACUAGAGUCUGGACUCACGUCACAUGACCUGGACUCAAGUCAUAACUGGGGACCUCACCUGGACUUGAUAUCUCUUGACUUGGGACUUGUUGGUCUUGACUCAGGUCUUGACUUGGAACUUGUACCUAAUGUGGUACUUGUUGGUCUAUACUUGGGACUUGAUUGGGUAUUUGUUGGCCUUGACUCUGGACUGUUUGGUCUUGACUUGGGAGUUGGUAAGUGACUUGUUGACUUGGGAGUUGACUGUUUUAUUAAUUUGAACAUUGGAAAGGUGGUCUUAAGUGCUUUUGGAGUAAAUGACAAGCACUUUGUUUAAACUUCACUCAGGACUUGGUCUUACCUUGGAACUAGAUUGACUAGAUCUGGACAUGUUGGUCUUUACUUGGGACUUGUUUUUGACUUGGUACUUGUUGGUGGUACGACAAUCACUUUGUUUGUACUUGACUCUGAAUCUUAAGUUAUUGGUUUUGAUGUUGGGACUUGUUCAUGACUCUGGCAUUAACUUGGGACUUUGGACUUGUACUUGACGAGGGACUUGUUGGUCUUGACUCGGGACUAGUUCUUGACUUUGGACUUUUUUGUUUUGAUUUGGGACUUGCUAGUCUUGACUUGAGUCUAGUUCUUGACUUGGAACUUUUUGGUCUUGACUCUGGUCUUUACUUGCAACUAGUUCUUGACUUGGGGCUUGUUUGUCUUGACUUGGGACUUGUGGGUCUUGACUCGGCUCUUGACUUGGGACUUGCUGAGCUUGAUUAGCCAACAAUAACUUUGUUUGACGCAUACAGAGACCGUACCACUGCAGGGUUAAAGACAUGAGAGCAACGCUUAAGGCAAAGUUGCCUGCUCUUGUUGUCCUACAAGUUGCCCCUUCAUCAGCAAUCCUCACUUACUGACUGGAUUCAUAAUUUCAAUCCGAUAUCUGACAACAGUUGAGAUGUUUCUCAGCCCUGAUGAUAAAGUGAAGUGAUGCUUUUAGCGUCUCGUUGGUAAUCUAGAGUCGAUCCAAAAGGUUCCUACAGCAGGACCUGCUGCUCUUAACUGGAAGUCAGUGAUUGGAGGAAGCUUUAGUUUGGACCAGGUUGGACCUCUAACUGGGCCGACUGGACAUGCUAUGAAUCCUGUGGUUGAAGGUUUGGAAAAGGGACUCGGAAGUCCAGUUGCUUUGUUCCAAGAAUGCUUCAAAGGAAGUCAUGAAUGGCAUGAAUUCCUGGUUUGGCCCAGGAACCGUUGCUCUUUAACUGGGGGAACUGGACCUAAACCUGGACCGUGUUGAUGUUUGAAAGAAACCUGAAAGAUGAGAAUCGAGCUCUGGAAGUUCGGCUGUGAAAGUUAAGUUCUAAAAUAAGUUUGAGAUUAGAGGAAGUCCCUGAUCGCAAGACGCCCCAGUUUGGUCUUUAAAUUGGAAUGAGUUUGGAAUCUGUGUUCGAAGAAGUCCGGAAGGUUCGGCAGCACUCAAAAGAAUCUGACCAAGAAAUGGUUCAUGGGAAGUCGGAGAUGGCAUGAAGCCUCAGUUUGGCCCACUUACUGGUCUGACUGGACUGACUGGACAUGAGGAGCUCCCUGCAGAAUCUGUAAAAAAUAAAUGAUGAAGAAGAGGUCCAGGUGUUUAACAAAGUCCAGAUCUAAGAGGGGUUCUAGGAAUAGUUCAGAACGAGUCUGUAAAGGCAGGAAAAGUUUGGUCCAGUUUGAACUGAUGUGGUCCAGUUUGAUCCAGUACGGUCCAGUUUGAACUAAUAUGGUCCAGUUUAGUCCAGUUUGGUCCUGCAUUAGGAACCCGGGUCUGAAGGUGGAGGUGGUCAUAGGAAUCUUUCACUGUGGAGCCGUGUUGCUCAAAAAAGAAACCAGAAACGGGUCAGAUAAUCAAAGAUUAAAGGAUCGGGAUUCGGGUAGCGGUGCGUCGACCUUGAAGGAUCAGACUCAAUGACACGGCGUCCUCUGAUGUCACUUCCUGUACUGGAUCUGUCGGUGGAGCUCAAAGCGGCUUCAAGUGUCCUUCAGUUCAACCACAAGAUAAAACCGGUUCCGUUCUCAGCUCGUAGACGUCAUGCAGGUUCAAAGGAAGUAAACAGGAAGUACGAGUUCAGUGAUCAAGAGACCUUUUGAUGCUACUUUCACCAAACGCAAAGCUAGAGAGGAACAUAUGAAGUCAAUGCUAGAUGAUGCUGUAUUGAGUGUUGGUGGAGCAGCUACAAUGUUAGCUUAGCAUAGCACCAAUCAAACCAGACUCCAUUCAGAAAACAAGUCAUUUAAAAGUUGUUUACUUGUCGUCUUGUAGAGAGAACUAACAAAACAUGAAUUCAGACUUUUUAUAAAUUUCCAUCAUUAUGUCGUCAUUUCAGCAUCAUUUUUAUCUGUUUAUUGUAAUUAAAUUACAACAAAAUGGUGUAUUUUGUGUUCAAACAUCCUUAUAAACCAGCUUCAGUGAAAACUCCUCUGGAUGAAGUGAUGAACUCAGACAUGACGCGGUUUACUUUACAUGAACAAUCAUUGCUUUGCGUUUGGUGUGAACUCAGCAUUGCAUUUGUUCUGUUAUUGAAGAAGAAGACGUCUUACUUCUUCUGCUCUGAAGGUCUCUGAGGUUUUAACCUCAAAGAGAGUCGUCACAGUCAAACUAAUCGACUCGAUCGAUUCGUCUUAACGACUCUUUAACAUCUGUUCUCAAAAUAACACGAAGAAAGAGUUCAACAGAACGAAUGAAACGAGCUGAAGGUCCACUCGACGGUCAGGUGACGAGAUGACGAGACGUUGGAUGGACGGAGACGAUCCUGGUCAACACUGCUUAUUGUGAUGAAGGUGAUGAUGGUGAUGAUGGUGAUGAUGAUGAUUAACUCCCAGUCUAAACUGAAAGUAGCCCUGUUUCCUGUCAGAGACUCACUCACAUUUAAAUCUCCUGGAUUCAGUUCGUUAAAUUCUGGGUAAUGAAGUCCUGGAACAGCUGACUGGGACUCUGACAUCAAACAGCAACAUUUAGAGCUUCGUGCUGCCUUCUGUUCCCUCUGUGAGAGUCUUAUUACAGCUUGUUGACUUUAUUAUUAUUGUUGUUGUUGUUGUUGUUGUUGUUGUUACUGUUGCUAUGGAGAUCUUUGCUUUGCUUCCUGCAUGUUUUUUUCCGGUGACUGUUUUGUUGUUUUUUUGUGUAUUUUUUUUCUUUUUCUUUCCCUGUAAUCAGACGGUGUUUUUGUGUUUCGUGUUUUUUUUGCACUUUACUCCUUUAAAUUAAAGGAACGGUGUGUAACAUGUCGGGAUUUAUUGGAAGAUAUUGAAUAUAAUAUUCAUAACUAUGUUUUAGUUUUAUUCGUAUUUUAAUGUUUUGAUGUCAUUUAUUA